CCCCCCCCCCUUCCCCCGCCGUCCGCCCCAAAUGAGCGGAGCCCCCGGCGGGCCCCGGCCGAGGACCCCGCCGAGCCGCGGAGCCGCGGGCGCCCCGUCGCCCCGGCCGCCCCCCGCCGACCCGCUGCGCCAGGCCAGCCGGCUGCCCAUCCGCGUACUGAAGAUGCUCAGCGCCCACGGCGGCCACCUCCUGCACCCCGAGUACCUCCAGCCGCUCUCCUCUACGCCCGUCAGCCCCAUCGAGCUGGACGCCAAGAAGAGCCCGCUGGCGCUGCUGGCCCAGACCUGCUCGCAGAUCGGGAAGCCCGACCCGCCGCCCUCCUCCAAGCUGAACGCCGUGGCCUCCGCCGGGCUGCCCGCCCCCGAGAAGGAGCCUGCCGCCCGCCCCGCCGCUCUGAAGCCACCGGGCAGCGGGGACACACCGCCCGAGGACAAGUCCAGCUUCAAGCCCUACUCGAAGGGCGGUGGGGAGCCGCGCAAGGAGGGCGGCUCGGACAAGGCCGGUUUUCGGGUGCCCAGCGCCGCGUGUCCGCCGUUCCCCCCGCACGCUGCCGCCUCGCCCGGCAGCUCCCGCGGCGCCUCGCCCCAGCACGCCGAUCCCAAGGGCACCGAGGAGAAGAAGGAGCCCGAGGUGGGCAAGCCCAGCCCUGAGGGGACGGGCGGGGGGCUGGGGCGCGGGGCAGCGGAGCCCGGGGCUCACGGCGAGCCCCCCUCGGGCCGCAAGUCGGAGCCCCCUGCCCUGCCACCCGCCGGCCAUGUGGCCCCCGUCUCGCCCUACAAGCCGGGUCACUCUGUCUUCCCUCUGCCGCCUUCCAGCAUCGGUUACCACGGCUCCAUCGUCGGCGCCUACGCCGGCUACCCCUCCCAGUUCGUGCCCGGACUGGACCCCACCAAGCCGGGCCUGGUGGGCAGCCAGCUGCCAGGGGCUCUGGGGCUGCCGGGCAAGCCCCCCAGCUCCAGCCCGCUCACCGGGGCCUCGCCGCCCUCCUUCAUGCAGGGAUUAUGCCGGGACCCCUAUUGCCUGAGCUACCACAGCGCCUCUCACCUGGGCUCCAGCAACUGCUCCAGCUGCGUGCACGACCCCGGCAGCCUGAAGAGCGGAUACCCCCUGGUGUACCCCACGCACCCCCUGCACUCGGUGCACACCACGCUCUCUUCCAGCGGCACCCCCAGCCUGCCCGGCCAUCCCCUCUACACCUACGGCUUCAUGCUGCAGAACGACCCCCUGCCCCACAUAUGCAACUGGGUGUCUGCCAGCGGACCCUGCGACAAGAGGUUUGCCACCUCGGAGGAGCUGCUCACCCACCUACGGACCCACACGGCCCUGCCGGGGGCGGAAAAACUCUUGGCGGGUUACCCUACCUCCGGGCUGGGCUCCGCAGCCUCCUGCCACCUCCACCUCCCGCCCGCCGCCCCCGGGAGCCCCAACACGUUACCGGCCUCUCUCUCCUUGAGGAGCCCACACACUUUGGGACUAAACAGGUACCACCCCUACGGCAAGAGCCACUUGCCCACGGCCGGCGCCCUGCCCGUGCCCUCCUUGCCGGCUGCCGGACCUUACUACUCCCCCUACGCUCUCUACGGCCAAAGACUAACUUCAGCUUCUGCACUGGGAUAUCAGUAACCACAGCAGCCCCCUCCCCUGCUCCAGCCUCCUCCUCGCCCCCCCGGCCCGCUCUCCCCCCUUCCUUGCUCCCCUCCUUGGACUGUGUAUUUAUUUACUGUAUGUUAGCUUAAAGCUGGGAAUAUAAGUGCAUUAAUACACCAAUGAAUCGA